AGGGUAGUAUGUACUUAGCCCAUUAUAAUAACCAAUUUAGAAACAUAGGGUGAUUUUGUAAAUUUUCUCAUGUUUUAGGGGUAUCUUUGGAAAUUUACAAGGAAGAAGAAUAAUAAGGCCGAGCGACAUGCCACCGCCGUCGCCGCCUUCAAACCCCACCAUCCUCUGUUCCUUCCCCGCCGCUACCGAAGUCGCUCUACUCCGUGAACGAGACCAAGAGAUCCGGUGGGGCAAAGUUAGGCGUGCAUCCCGCACCAGAAGCUGCAAGCUAAUCAAACGUCAAUCAAUAAUCUCCAAGUAACCCGAAGCAACAACCAAAAGGUGGAAACUUUCUGAACCCCAUCGUCUGCGGCGGGCGUUUCGACCACCAGCUGCCCGUCUGUUGUCGUCCUUGGCGGUGGAACUUUCUUCCGGCUUUGGAUGGAUAGAAACGGCAGCGUGAAGGAUGGACGGUGGAGGGCGGAGCACGCGAUCGCAGGGAAUAGCGGGGUCAUGGAAGCUCUAAGGGAGCUCAUCAUAUAUCCUUUUCUCUACGCAAACGAGUCGCGCAAGCUUGGCCUAAAGUGGCCCAGAGGGUUGCUUCUCUAUGGUCCGCCAGGCACUGGAAAGACUAGCCUGGUCCAAGCUGUUGUUCGUGAAUGUGAUGCACAUCUGACUAUGAUCAACCCUUAUUCUGUUCAUAAAUCACAUGCUGGAGAAAGUGAAAAAUUUUUGCGAGAAGCAUUCUCUCAAGCAUAUUCGUAUGCGUCAUCAGGGAAGCCAUCUGUCAUAUUCAUUGAUGAAAUUGAUGCCAUUUGUCCCCGACGCAGUUCUAGGAGGGAGCAGGAAUCUCGUAUAGUGGGUCAGCUUCUAACCUUGAUGGAUGGAAGUAAGUCUUCAUCCAGAUCCCAUCUACAUAUUGUUGUCGUAGCAUCAACUAACAGGGUUGAUGGCAUUGACCCAGCAUUGCGAAGGCCUGGGCGCUUUGAUUCUGAGAUAGAAGUUACAGUUCCUACAAUUGAAGAACGAUUGCAGAUUCUUGAGCUGUAUUCGAAGAAUCUUCAACUGGAUGAAAAUGUGGAUCUGCAAUCUAUUGCUGCAUCAUGUAAUGGAUAUGUUGGUGCUGAUUUAGAAGCCCUUUGUCGAGAAGCUGCUAGGUUUGCGUAUCGUAGGUUGUCAGACUCUAGGGAUAAAGAUGCACUUAUCUUAAAAAUGGAAGACUGGGAGAACGCUAGAGCUGAGGUUGGUCCAAGUAUGACAAGAGGCAUUACUAAAGAAGUUUCGAAGGUGUCAUGGGAUGAUAUUGGAGGAUUAAAAGAUUUGAAGAAAAAGCUUCAGCAGGCUGUUGAAUGGCCUAUUAAGCAUGCUGACUCAUUCGCAAGACUAGGAAUAUCACCAGUACGAGGUGUUCUGCUGCACGGGCCACCUGGGUGCUCAAAAACGACCCUUGCUAAGGCUGCAGCUAAUGCUGCCCAGGCUUCUUUCUUUUCCUUGAGUGGUGCCGAACUGUAUUCCAAAUAUGUUGGAGAAGGGGAAGCAUUGUUGCGAAGAACAUUUCAGAAGGCACGCCUUGCUGCGCCUAGCAUAGUAUUCUUUGAUGAGGCUGAUGCCAUUGCUCCCAAACGUGGUCAUGGUGGGAGCUCAGGCGGCAAUGUCAGUGUUGGAGAAAGACUUCUGUCUACCUUAUUGACCGAAAUGGAUGGUCUAGAACUAGCCACGGGAAUCAUUGUACUGGCUGCUACUAAUCGUCCCCACGCGUUAGAUGCUGCUCUUAUGCGUCCAGGCCGUUUUGAUUUGGUGCUGUAUGUGCCACCUCCUGAUGCAGAAGGCCGUCAUGAAAUAUUACGCAUCCAUACAAGACACAUGAAGUUAGGGAAAGAUGUGGAUCUUAGAGAGGUCGCGGAAUCUACCGAUCAUUUUACUGGCGCUGAUCUAGAAGGCCUGUGCAGAGAAGCCGGCAUGGUGGCUCUCAGGGAAGACAUGUUGGCCGAUUCUGUUUGCAAUCGUCAUUUCCAGACAGCAAGAGAUUCACUGAGACCCUCCUUGACUAAAUCAAUGAUUGAAGAGUAUGCCAGCGCAAGAUUUCGUAGAUAAAGCAUCUUUUCAAGGCUCAAUUUCUACAUGUACUUGUUUAGGUUCCUAACUUGGUACUCGGUUGGUUCCUGUAUCAUACAAUUCUAUGUCGUAUUGGUAUCUGAUAUCUGAUUGCAGGAAGAGUAUCGAUAUCAGUGGAGAUGUUCUGAUUGAUUCCCCAUCAGGAAAAGCAUGUCUGAUGCUAAAUAUCAUGAAUUGUGGGUAAAAUAGUUUGUUGAAGAUCCAUGUAUUCAGAUGUUAUCAGUAGAUUAAAAAAAUGAGAGUUACAGUUUUGUAUGCUUUA